CCGCUAUUGGGAUUGGCGAGUCUCGGUUCUCUUUCUCGACCAUCAAAAAGUCCAUUGCGCAGUUUCGGCAUCUUGCGCAUACAUUUUCUCAAAUCGACAGAACAGCUUCCCCUCGACCUCGACACUCGUUUAUACAUACUCUUUUCACUACUUCUGUUUCAUGGCUAUCUAAUUGGCUCUUGGCCGGUUUACAUUUCCAUCAUGCGAGUGCGCAUCUCUCCUAACUCUGCACUUUUGCAACAAUCUAUUGCCGGCCACAUACCUACAGCUCCUACACCAGCAAUCUGUCCAUGGUGCUUGACAAGGUCACAAUAUCCUCGAUCUCGGCAAUCCAGACGACACUUCUCCUCGUCUCAACAAUCUUCAUCAGCAUGGGCGGCCGCCGUCUCCAAGAUCCAGAAUACUGUCGCCGACAUCCUCCCCUCCUCCCGUCCCGCGACCGGUAACAUCACCAUCGACCCUCUCAAGAUCGUAGCAAAAGAACUCAAGUUCUUGAACAAGAACAUCCGCCAGCUCCUUGGAUCUGGCCACCCCGUCCUAGCCACUGUCGCAAAAUACUAUACCCAAAGCGAAGGCAAACAUGUCCGUCCGUUAUUGGUCCUGCUCAUGUCCCGAGCCACUGCCUUCGCGGCGAAACAACCACGUUACGACGCCCAGAACCUCUCACCAUCUAGCAUUGAUACGCCUAUAUCCUCGCCCACCAUCUUGUACGACAACAACCCGGACCAGACCUCCUCCGAACCGCCCUCACCACUGACAUCCGCCUCCAACGAAACACAAUACGCUUUUCCGAACGACCCAUCCAUCCUUCCCUCGCAGCGCCGCCUCGCCGAAAUCACCGAGCUAAUUCACACCGCCUCUCUUUUGCACGACGACGUAAUCGACCACAGCUCCACGCGCCGCAGCUCCCCCAGCGCAAACACGACCUUCGGCAACAAAAUGGCUGUGCUGGCCGGCGACUUCAUGCUCGGCCGGGCGUCCGUCGCACUGGCCCGUCUGCGUGACCCGGAGGUCAUUGAGUUGCUCGCCACUGUUAUCGCCAACCUUGUCGAGGGCGAGUUUAUGCAGCUUAAGAACACGGCCAGCGACGAGACGAGUCCCAAGUGGAGCGAGCAGACCAUCACAUAUUAUCUCCAGAAAACAUACCUCAAGUCGGCAAGUUUAAUUAGCAAGAGUUGUCGAGCCGCAGCAUUGCUGGGCCAGUGUACGCCCAGUGUUGUCGAGGCCGCAUACCAGUACGGCAAGAACCUGGGCUUGGCGUUCCAGCUUGUGGAUGAUAUGCUGGACUACACGAUCAGUGGGAGUGAGUUGGGCAAGCCGGCGGGUGCCGAUUUGGAGUUGGGGUUGGCCACGGCGCCCUUACUUUUUGCCUGGCGAGAUCGGCCGGAGCUGGGAAUUUUGGUAGGACGGAAGUUCGCGGCCGAAGGAGACGUGCAGAGGGCACGAGAAAUUGUCUUGCAAUCCGACGGGCUCGAACAGACCAGGGCCCUGGCGCAAGAGUACGCAGACAAAGCGAUAAGCAGUAUCAGCGUUUUCCCGCCCGGUGACGCCAAAGACGGGCUGGAGGAAAUGUGUGUCAAGGUUAUGAAACGCAGGAAAUAGCCGACCAGAGAUCCGGAAUAUGUUAAGUGGGUGGGAUUGUAUCAACACCUGUCAGGAUAGACCAUGUGGUCAUGAUCAUGGCCAUGGAUAUUUAUGGAUACAGAAAAUGUACCUUGAGCAGCCGAAAUGGAGGGAGUAAUGUGCAAAUACUUCAAGUGCUUGUCUGCACUCGUGCAAGACGCUAGUAGAGUGUCCAACGAGGACUACUCGUAACCCGAAGCAUGACUUGCUUGCCGCUCUUAUAUAUUUGGCCGUGGACUGAAUAUGAAGACGGGAUAGAACGG